CUUCCGGCCGUGGCCCCGCCCCUUCCGGCUCCGCUCCCUUAAGCCCGGUGAGGCGGCUCCGCGGUGGCCCUGUGGCAGUGUGCUGGUAGUUAGCCCUGUUCUGCAGGUGGAGGACUCCUCACGCUCUCUCCUCCAGGCCCUGGGCCACGCAGCUGGUUCGAGGAUGGUAAAAGCAGCCUCAGGCUGUGCUGCGUGAGGCAUUUCAUCCUGUGCACUGGAUGACCAUAACUAAACAAUGUCUGUACCACGUGGAGCUGUCCAUGCAAAAUGGAUAGUAGGGAAAGUCAUAGGAACCAAAAUGCAGAAAACUGCCAAAGUGAGAGUGACAAGGCUCGUACUAGAUCCUUACUUACUAAAGUUCUUUAACAAGCGGAAAACCUAUUUUGCCCAUGAUCCAUUGCAGCAGUGUGUUGUUGGAGACAUUGUUCUUCUUAAGGCUUUGCCUGAGCGGAGGAGCAAGCAUGUGAAACACGAACUGGCCGAAAUUGUUUUCAAGGUUGGAAAUGUCAUAGAUCCGAUAACAGGAAAGCCCUGUGCAGGAACCAGGUUUCUGGAAAAUCUAUCGGAUUCAGAAAAUCUGACAGAGGCAGAUACUACCUAUCUAAGUGAAAAACUCCAGGAACUUAAAGUUUGUUCAACAGACAAAUAGUGGAGCAAAUAAUUAAACGGGGCUAUCCAGCUCAUCUCUGUCAUGGAUGUUUGGGGCCCUGAAAUUGUAUGUUAAAUGUUUUGGUGAAAUUUGUAGUCAAAAUAAGUAGCAAGCAUAGUUGCUUCUAAGUACAGAUGUUCCAGGUGGAAAAAGUUGGUGCCUCAAAUGAAAAUACAGAAAAUGUGAGUUAAAUGUUAAUGCUUCAUUUUGUUGCAUGUAGUUCUGCCCAAAGUCUUGGCACUUUCCAAAGCCAGCUGCUCACUUGGAAUGACUCUUCUAUACUGAGAGAUGAGAAUACAACUGUGUUUGGUGGGAGGGUCAUUAUAUUUUAAUUGUUCUGUAUUUCAGGCGAUCUUUUGUGAUUUGUAGGCUUAAAAUGCUAUUAAACCUUUUGAAAGGAAGUGUAGAAACUUAA